CCACUUUUUGUUGUUGAUUUAAUUGUUUAUUUUACUAAUUAACCAAUGGUUGAUUUAGACACAAUUGAAUCAUCAAGUAAUCAAGAUGAUACUCGAAGCCCUGGUUAUCAUUUUGUUUCCAAUUUCCAAUGGAUGCAAAAUCUAAUUGAAAAAUUGAUUCUUCUCAAAUAUGAUCAACAAUUUUGUCCUGUUUACAAAUGUCAACCUUUACACAGGUACUACUUUACGAUUCAAACGAAUCCCGGUGAACAAUUUUACGUUUUUUCCUGUCUAUCGGUUUGGUUGAUUAAAGAUAAAUGUGGAUUAGAAUUGGAAACUGAUCUUAAUCCACAAGAUUAUGAAGAUCCAAAUGUUACCAUUCAUGGGAUUCUAGAUGCAGUUCGAUUGAUUGUCGAUAAAGUUUCAAUUGCUCCGAAUAAAAUUAAACAAGGUUAUGGACCAGAAGUGAUCUGGAUCCUCAACACUUUAGCUGAUUAUGGAUUAACCAAGAAUCAACCAACUCGAUCACCGAUUGUGGUUAAACUUUUAUCUGGUGAUCAAGAGAUUGAAGAUGAAGAUGAAGGUGAUAAGAUAUUGGGUGGAGAUGGUGAUGAUAUUGAAAUUAAUUUCGAUGAUCAAUUCACCCUAUUAGAUGAUGAUGAUGAUUAUGGUGUUGAUACUGUUGAUGUUUAUGGUGAUAAUUUGAUGACUCGAAGAGAGAUCAAUCAAAAUUCAACCUAUCAAGAAGGAGAGAUUAUCUCUCGACCCCAAGGAAUCAUGAUGAGUUCAGUUGAUUCAGCUGAAUGGAAAUUAGAAGUAGAAAGAGUUCUACCUCAAUUAAAGGUCAUUCUCCGUUCAUCUGACGCAAAAGCGGACUGGAGAGUCCAUGUCAACGAAAUGUAUCACCAUCGAGAUGAGAUUGAGAAACAUUUCAAUUCCACCUCAAGUGGACUGAGAAAACUGACCGAUGAGAUUUCUAAAGGAAUGAAUCAAAUCUCUUCGAGAGAAAAAUAUCUUCAAUUACAAUUAGAAACUCUUACAUUGGAAUAUAAUUCAUUGGAAACGCACCUUAAACAGGCCACCGAAUCGUACAAAAUGGUCUCCGGUGGGGUAACGGAAAAAUCGAGGAGAUUGGCCAACAUAUCGGAAGAAUUGGAUUCGGUGAAAGAGGAAAUGGAGGAAAGAGGAACCGCAAUGACCGAUGGAACUCCUUUGAUUGCAAUUCGUAAAUCACUCGCGACAAUUAAACAAGAAAUUAUUUCUCUCGAUAUUCGAAUCGGUGUGGCCAUGCACACUCUCCUUCGAAUUAAGAUCACCGAAAGUACCAAAGAUGUUCUUGAGAAACAACAACCAUUCAAAGCCAAUCGAAUGGAACAAUUGAUUUUCUGAUUGAUUGUUUCUUCUCGAAAUCAUUUUUGUUGUUUGUUUUCGUUAAUGAAUAUUAAGAAAAACAAAUUUUCGUUUACAAUUUAAUUUCCAUGUUUGUUUAAUUGUAAUGAUUACUUGAUAAUUUUCAUUGAUUAAGUAAAUUGAUAUUACAUUUUAACAGAGAAGUGGAAAAAUCCAGUGUAUGUAUAAGUAAAAAAAAAGGUUCAUCCUGCCUUAUAGUUUGAUUGUUGGUGGCAUUAGUCAGAAUUGUGGUUAAUUGGAUUGAAAAUAAUAUUAUACAAAAAUCAGAUUAAAUACUGAGAUAUUGACUGAUUAUAAAAAUUGAUAAAAAAAACAA